AAAAAAAUUAUACAAGAACCACAUCUUCUCAACGCUCUCGCGCAAACUGUUUGAUGAAAUGCCUCUGAGAAAUCUAGCGUCCUCAUGCACAAAGAUUUCCGGUUCUUCUCCUUCAAUCCCACCCUCAAACCAUUCACUCCUGCUGAAAUUCAAGAGAAAGAUUGAAAACACUCUUGAGCUUUGCCACAAUUCAUUUGUUCAAGUUCUCAGAGCUUGUGCUCAAUUCAAUGGCAUAGUUAUUGGAAAACAAGUGCAUUCUCUUGCAUUGAAACAUGGCUUUCAGUCAAAUGUCUUCAUUGGAACUGCACUUCUUGAUCUUUACUCAAAAUGUGGUUUACCAAAAGAUGCGCGCUUGUUGUUUGAUGAAAUGUCUCUUAGAGAUUUAGUUUCAUGGAAUGUGAUGCUUUCUUGCUAUGCUGUGCAUGGUCUUAUUAGAGAAGCUUUCCAAAUCUUUAAUUCUAUGCGGUUUCAUGGGUUUUUAUGGGAUGAGUUCACUUUCAGUAGCUUUAUCAGUUGUUGUUGUGGUGAUACAAAGCUUGGAAAACAAAUUCAUGGUCUUGUACUGAUACUUUCUCUUGACUCUGAUGUGUUUGUGAGCUGUGCACUGGUGGACAAUUACAUGAAAUCUGGAGAUUUCAAGGAUGCUCACAAGGUAUUCGACGAAAUGCGCCACCGUAACACCGUGUCGUGGAAUUCAAUCAUUAUAGGUUAUGCAAUGCAUGGUGAUAGCAAGAGUGCCAUGAGAGUACUAACCCAAAUGAUACAACAAGGUUUCCGGCCCGAUGACCGAACGCUCGCAAGUGUUCUUAGUUCAUGUGCCAAUCAAUCAGCAGCCAAUGAAGCCGCACAAGUACAUAACCAUUCCAUAAAAACAGGCUUAGAUAAUCAUUUAUCAGUUAGCAAUGCACUCAUCUUCUCAUACGCGAAAAGCGGUAACAUUCUGUACGCGUCUCGUGUGUUUCAAUCCAUUCAUAAACCUGACAUUGUUAGUUUCUCGUCGAUGAUUUCUUCAUACGCAUUCCAUGGUCUUGGCAAGGAAGCCAUUAAUACUUUCGAGAAGAUGUUAAAGCAUGGAGGAAUUUGGCCUGAUAAGGUUGUGUUUUUAGGGGUGUUAUCAGCAUGCAGCCAUGCAGGACUGGUUGAAAAAGGGAGAGCUGGUUAUAUUGAUGAAGCUUAUGAUGUUGUUGUUAAUAUGCCCUUUGAACCAGAUGGAGAUGUUUUGGGAGCAUUGAUUGGAGCUUGUAAAUUGCAUGGAAAUGCAUGUUUAGGUAAGUUGGUUGGAGAAAGGCUUCAUGAAUUGGAACCUUGUAAGUCUGUGAAUUAUAAGUUGAUGAAUAAUAUUUAUGUGGGUUUGGAGAGAUGGGAUGAGGUUGUAAAGGUGAGAAGAGAGUUGGAGGGAUUGGGUUGUGAUUGUAUGGUGGCUGGUUGUAGCUGGAUGUAGAGAUGGACAUGGUUGUCUGGUUUUGGUGGUGUUUACAGUUUGGUUGAUGUGGUUUGGAGUUCAUGUAAUUGUGAAUUGGAGGAUGUGAUUGAAAUUGUAGUUAAUGAAAUCCAACUUUAAUGUAACAAGGUGGUUUAAUUUGAUAU